UUGUAAACGCAUCGCGGUGGCGUAUCGUCGCUUUCAAAGCCACACCGUCUGUUACAGUCAGUUCAUUCUAGUUGAUUCGUGCCGCGAGUGUGUCUCGAGGACGGGUGAGAAAAAUCGUUUUCACCGAGCGUCAAGACGACGUUAAAAUUCGAAGGAACGUAAAAAACCGUGUUAGAAAAUCAUUCGAUCUUGAUCGUGCCUGAUAAAGUAAAACGGAAAUUCCCAUAAGGAUGGGUAUCAAAUCCAUGAGGGUCGUGCUUUGCUGAUUCCGUGAGAACGUCGCGAAAUGCGCCUGAGUCGUCGCCGGUGUCGUUAGAAAAAAAUAUUUUAAAAAAUCAGCGACAAGCGCCACGUUAUAAAUAAAACUCCCUGGCGACUAGAAAUUUUUGGCAGUGCUGCUAAACAUCCCAACGACCAGAGACAAUUCACGUACGUGACGCGACGCGUCGCGUCCGUUAUAUAUUUUUUUCGACUUGUGUAAAAGUGCAUGAAGAAGAGUGAUCGUCGAGAGCGUUGACGAAUCUGUGAGGAAUUGUGACAACACGUUCGAUUGGAAGCCACGAAUUCGAGCUUGGUAUUACAAAUUGGAAGAGAGGUUAAGGAACUGCUGUCAGCGAUACCAAUAAGAAGUAACUACGAAAAUUAUUAAGCUGCACGCAGGCGUGUGGAGUGCCCGAAGCGGGAAAUCGCUUCGUCCGACAUAAGUAAACGAAGGAAGGAGUGGUAUUAAUAAUCGAAAGGUGUGACGUAAAUUUGCCAAAAUUGAGCGGAAUAUGCCGAUGGUCUUUCUGGACCGCUUGCCGGUCCCGAGUAUACGUGUUUACACCACGAUAAGCAUUGCCAUCUUAUCGUGUUCGGUGUACUAUGCCGCGCAAAUCGUCAAAGAUCCUGCCUGGCGUACUAAUCAAACGGAAAUCGCCGUCGGUGACGGCAACAACGUCACGGGAAAUGGCAUCGCAAACGACUCCAGGACGAUCGGCGUCCAUCUUGAAGAACUUCUGGCCUGUAUGGUACAGGAACCAGGAUGCAUUUGGACCCUCAUCAACAUGGCGUACUGCGUCCUUAUUCUCCUGGGCAAGUCGAUCCAAAAGCUGGUGUUCGGCGAGCUUCGCGUAUCCGAGCGGCAGCACCUGAAGGACAAGUUUUGGAAUUUCGUCUUCUACAAGUUCAUAUUCGUAUUUGGCGUUCUGAACGUUCAGUACAUGGACGAGGUGAUCCUCUGGUGCGCCUGGUUCACGGCUCUGGGUUUUCUCAGUCUCCUGAGUCAGCUGUGCAAGGACCGUUUUGAAUAUCUAUCAUUCUCGCCCACCACACCGGGAUGGAGUCACGCUCGUCUUCUUGGGCUUCUGGCGGCUAUCCUGGCGCUGUCCUUGUUCAUGCUGCUCCUGUGCGCCGCUGCGGCCUUCUUUUUCGUGUCCUUCAAUACUUUCGCGUUCAUGGCGGCCGAGUGUAUCCUGCUUGGGGUCCGCACGAUUCACGUGAUGCUGCGCUACGCCAUUCAUCUGUACGAUACGCGCGGAGCCGCCGGAAAUACGUCACCGAGAUCCUGGGACAAACGCGGACCACUCGCUUAUUACACGGAACUUACGUCAGAACUGACUGUACUGGCUGUCGAUUUUCUUCAUCACAUUCAUAUGCUGCUCUGGAGCAAUAUUUUUCUCAGUAUGGCCUCCCUCGUGAUCUGCAUGCAGCUGCGGUAUCUCUUUCACGAGAUACAACGGAGAAUUACAAAGCAUAGGAAUUAUUUGGCGGUCCUCAGUCACAUGAAGCAAAAUUACCCAAUGGCGUCACGGGACGAACUUGCUGAGAAUUCCGACAACUGCGCCAUCUGCUGGGAGAAAAUGGAAAGCGCCCGAAAGCUUCCGUGCGGCCAUCUUUUUCAUAACUCUUGCUUGCAGUCCUGGCUGGAGCAGGACACCUCGUGUCCUACCUGUCGACUCACUCUUAGCAUGCAGGCUAAUCAUAGGGACAGUCCACUGGAAUUGGCGGUUGUGUCACAAACGCCAGUGCGCAGAAAUGAGAAUCAUUUCUUUCAUUUUGACGGCUCCCGUUAUGUGUCUUGGUUACCGAGCUUCUCCGUCGAGGUCACGCACAGUAGGCUUCGCGGUGAUAUAUUGGCCUUGGCGCACAGUAAUUCGCAAUUGGACGCCAUGGCGAGACAGGUUGAGCAAUUAUUUCCGCAUUAUCCGAAAAACAUCAUCCUCGAGGAUCUCCGAGUAACAAGAUCGGUCGAAUUGACAAUCGAGAAUAUUCUUGAUGGCAGACUGAUCUUGCCUCAUCACAUGAUGGAGGAACCGGAAACUGAACCAGUUGCGCAGACGCAAACAACCGUUUUACCGGGUUCUUUUGCGCAGAAUUCUUGGGAUCCAAGAUUCGACAUUCCCGCUGCUGACAGUGGGGAGGAACCGUCGAAUCUCGGUGGUCGUUUUUCGAAAUCAUCAAUCGAACGAGAAUUAAUUUUGCAACGUCGAAAGGAACACAUGCUUCUCAGUGCACGUCGAAGGUAUCUUGAGAAGCACAGAAACUCCGAGUCAGAAACGAGAAAUGCAAAUGGCAACUUAUCAUAGAGAGCGUUCUGCAUCGAUCCGUGAUUAUUGGAGUAAACGAAAUUCGAGGCUUUCAAUGGCUUUUAAAUAUCAUGAAACAUGUUGAGUAUCGUGACGCGGAAAUGAGCGUAAUGAAGAUUUUUCGUGCGAUGCGUCAGAAACGAUGCCAUCAUGUCGACCGCUGUGCGAAUUUUUUGCACAAGUUAAACGACAGAUAGACAGAGAGAGUAAGAAAGAAAAAAAGGGUGAGAGAGAGAGAGAGAGAGAGAGAGAAUAAGAGACAGAUGUUCAGAAAAUUUUUUUUUUUCAUUUUCAAAAUUAAU